AGGAAUUAGUUACGAAUUAUUAUUAAUUACGAACUUACCGAAUGAAAAUUGGAGCAGGAACAUGGAGGAUAGCCAGAGCAUAGAGACAGCCAGACAGGAAACUUCAAACCACGGAGAUGGCGUGCCCAUAAAAAAUCUCGGCCGGCUCGGACAGGCCCUAUGGAGACAGACCCUUACAGAUUAGCGGAAUGUUCAUGCGAUAAGAUAAACUUGAAGAGAACUAUCGAACUUUCAAGUAGCCAGGUCCGUUGCUGUUCGGAGCAUUUAUCGUUUGCGUAUCCUCUUUACUGAAGAGAUUAUUUGAUUGUUGAAUUUUUGCGCACAGUUAUUGUUUAACAAAUAUAUCAUGACACUACCAUCGACAUUAGUUAAGCUGUUCAAGCAUAUAGAUAGCAACAAAGUCAAGUACAUUAACAACUUGAGAGAAGCUGUUGCUAUCAAAUCUGUGUCAGCUUGGCCAGAGAGUAGAAAUGAAAUUAUUAAAAUGAUGAAGUGGGCAGAGGCCCAAUUCAAGCAACUUGGUGCUACUACAGAAUUGGCUGAACUUGGUACUCAAAAGCUUCUCAAUGGAAAUGAAAUCCCGCUUCCACCUGCCUUACUUGGUUCCUUAGGUAAUGAUCCUAAAAAGAAGACAGUACUCAUCUAUGGACAUUUGGAUGUUCAACCUGCACUAAAAGAAGAUGGUUGGGAUACUGAACCUUUUGAACUUGUUGAGAAAGAUGAUAAAUUGUAUGGUAGAGGAAGUACUGAUGACAAAGGACCAGUUCUCUGCUGGUUGCAUGCAAUUCAAGGCUAUCAAGCCAUUGGAGAAGACAUUCCUGUCAACCUGAAGUUUGUCUUUGAAGGAAUGGAAGAAAGCGGCAGCGAAGGUCUUGAUGAACUUCUCUGGUCUCGCAAAGAUUCAUUCUUAAAGGGAAUUGAUUAUGUUUGUAUAUCCGACAACUACUGGUUGGGUACAACCAAGCCUUGCAUUACUUAUGGUCUAAGGGGUGUUUGCUACUUCCAUGUAAAAGUGAGGUGUGCAGCCAAGGAUCUUCACAGUGGAACUUUUGGUGGAACUGUCCAUGAGGCCAUGGCGGAUCUAAUUUAUUUAAUGAAUACUUUGGUUGACGUUAAUGGUAAAAUACUAGUUGAUGGAAUUUACGAUAACGUCCCAAAGGUAACAUCCGAGGAGUUGAUAAUUUAUGAUGAUAUCGAGUUUGAUGUGGAUGAGUACAGGGAUUCCUGCGGUGCUACAAGGCUAGCUCAUAAGGAAGACAAGAAACAAUUGCUGAUGCAUCGAUGGCGCAACCCAACUCUCUCACUGCACGGUAUCGAAGGUGCUUUCUAUGAGCCUGGUGAGAAAACUGUGAUUCCUGGCACUGUGAUCGGCAAGUUCUCUCUGCGAAUUGUGCCGGACAUGACACCCGAAGAAGUUGAAAAGAAAGUUGUCGCCUAUAUUCAGAAGCAAUGGCAAGCACGUCGUAGCCCAAAUAAGAUGCAGGUAAAUAUGGCUCAUGCUGGAAGACCGUGGUCGUCAAACCCUGAUCACCCUCACUACGUUGCCGCAAGAUUGGCUACAAAACACGUCUACAAGGUCGACCCAGAUAUUACUCGUGAGGGAGGUUCCAUUCCCGUUACGCUAACUUUCCAGGAAGUCACUGGUAAGAAUGUUUUGCUGCUGCCCAUUGGCUGUGGAGAUGAUGGUGCGCACUCGCAAAAUGAGAAAUUAAACGUGCGCAAUUACAUCGAGGGAACAAAGUUGCUGGGAGCUUAUUUAUACGAAGUAUCUGAAAUCUAAGAUAUGCUGGAAGCUAAUUAUCUAUCGUGAUAAAUAACCGUGUAAAUGCCAAUUUUUAUAAGCAUUUAUAAAAUAUAUUUAUACUUAACUGAAUUCCUGAUGUAUUAAGAUGUUUAUCAGUUGUAUUACACUAUUUUCAAGAUAAAAAGUUUAUAUUUUGUACUGCUCAUGUACAGACUUUUGUGAAACUUAUUAAA